GGGAUGCCUAUCCUCUGGCAUUAUGAUGGGAGAAUUUGUGUCUGCAGCCUUGUUAUCGAGCUUUUAUUAGCGACCACCGUAUGAGGCAUACGUUUUACCUGUUUCUUUAGCAAGUUUGAGACUCCGGGGAAGAUAAGCGGAUUUUGUUAAAUACGUGUACUUCGCACUUUUUGUGCCCAGAGUCUAUACGACCAAUCGUGCCUAAUGGACUUUGCAAGAAAAGUUGUCAAGGCGCUCGAGGUUCCCCAUACUCAUAAAGAGGGUGUUCCCUCCGGCCUGCAAUUUGUUUCGAGCGAUGAUCUAUUGCCAGUUCCGAUAGAAGAAAGAACGUGGACUGCAUUCAGUUAUGUCGCUUUCUGGUGGAGCACGGUGAUCAGUGUUCCAACUUGGAUGGUAACCUCUUCCAUGAUUGUUCUCGGCAUGUCAUGGUGGCAAGCCUGGCUGGUCGUCUGGAUUGGUUAUGGUGUGAUGAUGCCGUUUAUCAUCUUGAUGGGUCGACCAGGUGCUGUAUUCCAUGUCACAUUUCCUGUUGUCAACCGUGCCAGCUUUGGGAUAUUUGGAAGUUUGUGGUGUGUAUUCAACAGAGCGACGAUGGCAUGUAUCUGGUACGGAGUGCAAUCAAGUGUUGGCGGUACAUGUGUCUUGGUGAUGCUCCGCGCAAUCUGGCCGAGUGUUAAUAAUAUCCCAAAUUCCAUGCCGUUGUCCUCUGGCACUAACACCAGGGAUUUUAUGUGCUUCAUCAUUUUUUGGGUAAUAUCUUUGCCCUUUAUAUGGCCUCCCGUGCACAAAAUUCGUCACUUCUUCACGUUCAAGGCGAUCCUUGCGGCCAUUGCCUGUGUCAUCUUCAUGAUUUGGUGCAUCGUCAAGGCAAAAGGUGUUGGACCGAUUGUUAAACAGCCGGCAACUAUUCAUGGCUCCGACCUGGCCUGGGCCAUGAUCAGUAGUAUUGGCGUAUGCAUCAGUAACAUGAUAACACUGACAGUGAACGCACCAGAUUUUGCGUCACGGGCGAAGACUCCAUCCGCACCGAUCGUUUCCCAGGUCUGGUCUAUCCCAUUCUCUUACGGUAUAAUCUGCCUCUUUGGUGUAAUCGUCAGCUCCUCGUCGCAAACAAUCUACGGGGAAGUAAUCUGGUCACCCGUGGAUUUGCUAGGAAUGUUCUUAGACGACAACCCAUCCCCUGCCACUCGAUUUGGUGUCUGGUUCAUCGCCUUCUCUUUCAUUAUAGCUCAGAUAGGAACGAACAUCUCCGCUAACUCGGUCAGUGCGGGAUGUGAUCUGACGGCGCUAUUUCCACGUUUCAUCAAUAUCAGACGCGGCGGGUAUAUAGCAGCCAUUGUCGGACUUGUCAUGUGUCCUUGGAACCUAGUAUCAAGCAGCAGCCGUUUUUCCUCCUAUAUGUCUGCGUACUCGGUCUUCCUGAGCGCCAUCGCGGGACCUAUGGCUGCCGAAUACUGGCUUGUGCGCAAGGGCCAUUAUAACGUCGCUGAUUUCUACGUCACCCGCAAAGGAAGUUGGUAUUGGUACAAUUAUGGUUUCAAUCCCAGAGCGUACGCAGCAUAUAUGGCAGGCAUCGCCAUUAAUGUAGUUGGGUUCGCUGGGGAUACUGGAACACCCGUACCAGUUGCUGCGACUCAGAUAUUCGACUUGUCUUUCUUCACAGGAUUCGGUACUUCAAGUAUCGUGUACUACAUAUUGAGCAGGAUCUUUCCGGUUGUGGGAGCUGCUAAGGUAUUUGAGGAAAUAGAUGUGUCUGAGUAUGAGGAAAAAAGGAUGGUGCGCUGCGACGAAGAUGCCAACUCAAAGGACGAUUGCAUAGAGAAAGAAUCAUCUGACGUAUAGAUUCAACAGUCUUCGGAAGUAGACUUAUAUACAGUGUGAUUAAUCCAUGGAUCAUGAUUGUUCACGUUGAAUUCAA